AAAACGUGAUUAUUUGAAAGUUUAUACGAUUCUUUUUUUUUUAUUCGAGAGAGAGAGAUCAUCAUGGAAACUUAUUUUAUUAUUCUCAUAGCCUUUGGUGGUUUCUUUGUUUUGAUGGGAAUAUUGGAGUCGAGGAAGAAGGAGACUAUCACUUAUGGCGGAUCUUCACAAAAGCCUAACAACCAGAGAACCAGAGCAGUAAGAACCAGCACUGGUGGCUACAUGUUUUAUCCAGCUGCUGCGUCUCUCCCUACUCUCUCCGAUUCCGACAAUCACCGCCACCAUCAUGCCGGUUAUCAUCACGGUGGACAUCAUGGCGGUGGUGGUUGUGGUGGUGGUGGACAUCAUGGUGGUGGUGGUGGUGAUGGUGGUGGUGGUGGAGGAUGUGGUGGAGGAGGAUGUGGUGGCGGCGGAGGAAGCUAGUUACGUAUGAUGCUAUAGUUUUUGUGUAGAUAUUUAUUUAUUUUUGUCGGCAAUUUUGUUGUCUAUCUUCUAUUGGAUUUAUUCUCUUUUUCUUUUCUCAUCCGAUUUUAUUGGACUGAAUAUUAUCUUGUUUUCCAUCAAGUGAAAAGUAAAGAUAAUGCUGAAGC